AUGUCUUUCAGAGUUUUAGUACCAAAGCCAAAACAAUUUUCGACAAAACGUCCUUCUAAAGGAAUUGAAGUACAUUCCGUUUUAAGGAAAACGUUCAACGACAAACACGAACGCUAUUACGCUACAACUAAUGACGCACAAAGGGAUUGGACAACAAUACUAUCACCCACACCUUUUGAUAUUUUCGCAUUACCAAGAACAGCGUCCGAAGGAGAAAUAAAAAGUAGAUAUUAUGAAUUAGUCAAAACACAUCAUCCAGAUAAAUGUGGGGAUAAUUCACCAGCUGCAUUGGAACGAUUUCGAAAAGUGGUGAAAGCAUACGAGAUUUUGAAUAAUCGACAAAAAAAAGAGAUGUACCUUAGAUAUGGAGUUGGAUGGGAUUCGCCGGUGGCUAAAAACCCCGCAAGUCGAUUUUCAAAAGGAUCAAAGUUUGGAUCAAAUUAUGCUUAUUAUCAAGGAUGGGAAGCAGAUAAUGAUACGUACAAGGGCGAAUUUUCUACAACAGAGAGAUUUAUGUCUAACCCUUACUUUGCAGCAUUCGUAGUUACAGCAACGAUAUUUGGAGCAGCAAUUCAAUACAUAAGGAUAGAAAAUUCUGUAGGGUGGAUUCGGGCUGCCGAGGAAAGACAUCAUCUUAAAGCAGCACAUUAUUUGGCAACCGCAAGAAGAGAAGGGAAAUUAUACGGAAAACGAAAACAAGCGGAAAUGAUGUUGGAUUUACUUCAUGCUAAUGGAGUGAGAGAUCCAAAUGUUUGUAAUAGUGCCAACAUCUCAAAUUCUUCAACAGAGUAG